AUGUCGUGCAGUAACGCGAUUCAACAUUCAAGCGCGGAGAAGAAGAUCAUCCCGCAGCUCGCCACGCUCAAGGGCAUGUUGGGAUCCAACGACGAGGUGAUAGGGCUCGUGAAGAGAUCCGUGUGGUAUAUGACUGUGGAUUUGGAGAAAAUCUUCCUCCCAAAUGUUGACUUCUUAAGGAGCUGUGGAGUAACUACAGAGGGUAUACGCGUAUUUCUGCAUAAUUACCCGCGUUGCCUCUUGUUGAAGCCUGAUUUGAUGAGGAAGGCGGUGGAGAGGGCGACGGAGAUGGAGGUCGAUCAAAGGAGCAAGACUUUUGUCCAUGCUGUUCGUGCUAUUGCUUCGCGUAGCAAACAGAGUUUGGAGCUCAAGAUGCAGGGCUUUCGUGAUAUGGGAGUCUCGGAGAGUGAGAUAUUAGUGAUGUUUAGGAGGGCGCCCACGGCUUUCUGCAUUUCGUUGGAGAAGAUGAAGGAGAUCAAGAGUCUCCUGCUAGCUACCGGGAGAUAA